UAACACAUUUGCUUUGUAGGGUGUGUAUGUGUGUUACAAGGAAGAAAUAAUCGAUGGGUGAAGAAGAUGAAACCCCAAAAUAUAAUAGAAUUGGUGGUGGUGGUAGAAGACCUAUUGGAAGACCAUGCAAAAUUCCAUACCCAAAAUUGGUGCCACAAAGAGGACUUGGAGUGGCACAGCUUGAAAAGUUUAGACUUGAACAAGAACAAAAGGAGAAGGCAGCUAUAAUAGCCACAAGUGCAUCAUCAUCCAAUUCCGAUAUCCCUUAUGAUAAGCAUCUUCAAUUUCUAAAAUUUCAUAACUCCAAUCAACCUUCUCCAAAUUCAUUUCCUUUAAGCACUGCUUCAAUUGCAAACAAUGGUGGAUCUGAUGCUGGCAGGCAUGAGGCUCUAGUUUUGGGGCAUGUAAGUGGGCCCCAGUUACGGGCUCCCCAUGAUUUUAAAUUUGUGAAGAAGAAAAUUGGGAUGAAUACCGGAAUGACUUUUGCAUCAACAUUGCCUUGUGCGUCCAACACUAUCAUGCCCUUCCCGAAUUGUGUGCAGAAAACACAACAGCAUCAACAACAACAUCCUUCUUCAUCAAUGGUGAGUGUCUCCUCAAGGACUUCAUCAACAAUUGUGCCUCAUUCCUCGUUAGAGCCCUAUUCAACCGAAACCUAUGUUUCUAAGAGACUAGAGAAGAUGAUAGGGAUUAAAAGACCAAACCCAUUCUCCCUGAAGAUAACACCUGUGUCCUCUUCCAAUUUUAAACCUUUUGAGUCCAACCCUAUUAGGCCCUCCCCUAAUUGGAUGCACAGAACACAACAACAUCCUUCUUCAUCAAUGCUAGGUGUCAACCCAAGGACUUCAUCAACAAUUGUACCCCAAUCCUUAUUAGAGCCACCUUCAAACCAAAACUAUAUUGGAAGCUAUGUUUCUAAGAGGAAGGAGGAGAAGAUGAUAUGGACUAAACAACCAAAGCCCUUCUCCAUGGAUAUUCCACCUGUGUCCUCUUCCAAUUCUAAACCUCUCACUUUCCCUAAUCCACCUAUGUCCUCUUCCAAUUUUAAACCUCUCACUUUCCCUAAUCCACCUAUGUCCUCUUCCAAUUUUAAACCUCUCACUUUCCUUGCUCCUAUGAAAGCAAGUGAAUCCAAUUCAUGCAUCAGUGGAAGAAGAUUCAACUUGGAUUUUGGAAAUUCAACUAUAAGGGAAAUUCCUUCUGUUUCAGCAACCAACUCAGAGCUGAUCUCAAAGAAAAACAAAAAAGGGAAAAAGAAUAUUGGUGGAGAUUUUCUCACAGUGGCUCCUCCUACUGAAUGCUCAUGUUCCAAGUUAAAGUCUCCUUCAGGUUUCGUACCAUUUCGCCACCAGGGAAAAAUGAAAUACCAAGUCCCUCCCCCAUCAAGGUACAAUCAAACAAAUCGACAACAACAUUGGUACAAUGUCAUCCCUUCAUCGGCAAAGGUGGCACAAAUUGGACAACAAUCUGAUAGGUUUCAGAACUGUAAUGUGGUGGGAGAAAGUGUUGAUCUUGAUCUUAGUUUGAAGCUGUGAACAUCUUCUUCCCAUUUCUUGUGGUGUCACUUAUAGGCCAGUGAGAAUUGUAAUCUUGUAUGGUUAUGUUUUAUUUAAUUUCUUUAUUUAAUGACUGUGUUUAUAUUAGCCCUAAUUUUGGUGGCUUGCUGCCUCUGGAGCUUUGGUUAUUUUCUGUUUCUUGGUUUAUAUUUCCUGUGGUUAAUGCUUGAUGGGAUGAAUGAGUA